AUGUCCCGACCUGAUAUCUUCUACCAACCUCCGAAAGGGGAAAACUCUGGGCUCCCUCAUGACCCUUUCAAAUCUUUCGUUAUUCCUCGUCCAAUUGGCUGGAUUUCCACAACCUCUAGAAGCGGUCAGGAUAAUCUCGCCCCCUUCUCACAAUUCAACAAUGUAUCUUUUGAUCCUCCAACUAUCAUGUUCAUCGGUCAUCAAUCGGUCUAUAAACGACAAAGUAAAGAUUCCAUCAACAAUGCCAAAGACACUGGGGAAUUCGUUUGGAACAUGGCUACCUAUGAUCUCCGCGAUUCCGUCAAUGCGACUGCUCUUGAAUCAUGGGACGAUGAAUUUCCCCUCACAAAAGUGACGAAAGUUCCCAGUAAAGUAGUCAAGCCCCCCCGCGUAGCCGAGUCUCCGGUUCAAUUUGAAUGUAAAGUCCAUUCUAUCCUUCGAAUUACCGGGGACUCAUUGGUUGGUCAUAGUGAUAUUGUGAUUGGACGAGUGGUGGGGAUUCACAUCAGGGGUGAUUUUAUUACAGGUGAUGGGCUUUUCGAUGUUUUGAAAGCGGCCCCGUUGGCUAGACUUGGUUAUCAUCAAUAUACGGCGAUUAACAAUAUUUUCGAGAUGGAAAUGCCGUUUAUGCCAGAUGAUCAUGUUAGUGGUAAUACACUGGGAGGUGUAGUCCCGAAGGACAUUGAUGAAGAUGUUGUGGUGAAGAAUAGCAGUGAGGUGGAGAGGGGGCUAGCAUUGAAGUAG